UGCCUGCGGGUGAUAGGAUAGUGCAUGCAGCUGGGACUUGGGCGUUCCUGACUUCAGAGCAGUUAAGUGUGCAAUCUUGUACACUCCCUCCUAAGGAAUUAGGAGGCUAAAUGCAGAAAAGCUGCAUUUGUAGCUGGUGAUAAACUCCAUUAGAAGUGUCAGUUCUGUUCCUGGAGUGGGAAACUCAUGCUGAUAGGGCACUUCUGAGGGACCUAAUCACGGUAUGGGAAAAAAGCAGCACCAUGGAAGGUGGGAUUCCAGAGGGACAGAUGCUAAGUAAUGCACAUUGAAGGAACUAAUCUGAACUCACCGUCCACUUUACUGGGCUGUAAAUUAACCAUCACCACUCUCAUCACUGCUGUGUACCACUCUGUGAUUCUUCUGCUUGCUGUGUCACAACUGUGAGAAAGGCAAAUGCAGCGCUGUGUUUGCCUGAGGAAUGGGCUGGGGAAUACUACUGAAAUCCUCUGCAUGCCCUUCUGUGAAUCAAUGGGGCAUCCUCCCUUGGAGAUGAUGUGCAAUACUGGUCAACCCAUCACAGAAGGGACACUUCAGAAUUGGAGGGGCUUCAGAGAUGAGCGACAAGAAACUCUCCUCCCUGGAAGGAGGUUGGGAUAGCUCAGCUUGGCAGAGAGAGGAUUUGACAAAAGGAUACAAAACACUGAAUGGACUCUUAGAGACUGUAGAGCAGAACUGUGUAUUUCCCUUGUCGUAAUGCAAGGAACAAGGGCAUUCGAUGCCAUUGGAAUGUGGCACAUCAGGCUCAGUGCUUUUAACUCCAGGAAUCUAUGCCACGAGUGUCCCAUCGCCAUCUGGAUCUGUCCCUGGAGCCUCUGCCCCCUUCCGGCCCCUCUUCAACGACUUUGGCCCCCCGUCCAUGGGCUACGUGCAGGCCAUGAAGCCACCAGGUUCCCAGGGCUCCCAGAGCACGUACACUGACCUACUCUCGGUCAUUGAGGAGAUGGGCAAAGAGAUUCGACCCACCUAUGCAGGUAGCAAGAGUGCCAUGGAGCGGCUGAAACGAGGCAUUAUCCACGCCCGGGCGCUGGUGAGAGAGUGUCUGGCAGAGACAGAGCGCAAUGCCCGUACGUAACAGCUGCUGCCCUGCCCCAUGGACCUUCCCACCAAUGAGGAUCUGAGAACCUGGAGAUCUGCCCUCCCACAGACCUUCCCACCUGAGACCUGGCUCUGCCAUACCCCACACAGGCCUUUCAGCAUUCGUCAGCCGAGGACCUGGAGCGGGUCCUGCUGGAGUGCAGCUGUUGCCGGCAGUCAGCGCUGGGGAAGCUGGCGCUUGGGCCAUGCUGCAGAGAUCUCCAGGGAGAGGAGCCAGCGUCUUUUCUCGCAUCUUUAUAACGUGUUUGUUUUUAUAACUCAAUAAAAGAAAGAAUUGGGAUUCUGA